AUGCUCGUCAAGUCUCUUCUCACUGUCGCGCUAGCCGCCCCAACCGUCAUCGGAGCCUGGGGUGACUGGUGCUACACCAAAGUGACAGCUCACGGCGGCAAAGUCUUCCCGUUCAACGGUGUUUGCGUCGGGACAUCAGAGUGCCACAGGGCAUAUGGAGAAACAGUGGGCAAGCCGGUGCCAGGCGCGUGUCCCGGCAACGCGCCAGGCAUCGAGUGCUGCUAUGCGGAGGGGUGCUACCCGAUCAAGCACGGCCGCUGCCCGGGAGGCGACGACGUCAAGUGCAAGGCCGACGUGGGAGACUGCUGGAUAAUGGCAAGCGGCGCAUGCCCGGGAGGCGACAACUUCCGUGCCGCCAUGUUCCCUUACAAGCGCAACGGUGUGGUUGUCAAGUGCUCCAACGUGCCGCUGUAG